AUGGUUCACUCAUCUGUACUAUAUCACAACGAUAAUCGAACAGUGUUCCUCCUGGAUCUGCCUCGUUCAAUCGAGGAAGCUCAGCUUCUCCCAAGAGAGCUUGAUGAUGGCGCGCUUACUCCGCUGAAGCUACGGACCCUGAUUUCGGUAGAACCUCCGUCCUCCCCGUUUCCGACUCCGGAGCCCAAGUCGAAAUCGCAAUCAUCCCCGGCCAGCGCUGCUCCAUCUGCUUCCGAUCACAUAGCGAAACUGAUGGCCCGUUCCGCUGCCGAGUCGGCCUUGGAAGACAUUCAGCAUUCUUAUCACGGAGAAUGGUGUUUACCGCGUCAUUGUCUGCCAAGGAUAAAUCGCCUAACGACGGCAGUCAACCGGAACGGGAAGCGGGGUCCUGACGGAGAGGUUUAUGACGUCUCAGACAAUGCCAAAACCUUUGACGAUGCCUCUGGUGAGGCGCCGCCAGACCUCUCCCAUUACACCAUUCCAAAGGCAUCUCAUUACCUGCUUGGCACGGUGGAGUCUCGGAGAUCUCAGUUUCUCGCGACGGCGCCCAAGAAAUUUGAUCUGAUCCUCAUGGAUCCGCCCUGGCCUAACCGAUCCGCAAAGAGGAAAAGGGGCAUCUACCGACCGGCGCGUGAUGCGGACUCUAUAAGGGACCUUCUUUCCCAGGUUCCUGUCGCAUCGCACUUAUCCGAGGACGGUCUCGUAGCUGUAUGGGUUACGAACUUGGCGCGAGCCGCCGAGCUUCUUACAUGCCCAAAGGGUAUCUUCGAUGAGUGGCAAGUCGAAUUGAUCGGCGAGUGGAUAUGGCUGAAGGUGACCACCGGCGGAGAGCCCAUUGAAACCCAAUUUACGAGGUUUGUUCGCCGACCUUCUGCCGCCCGAUUAUCAAGCUUUGGAGGUUUUUGCCCGGAACCUGACGGCAGGGUGGUGGAGCUGGGGCGACCAGUGUCUGCUAUUUCAGCACCGUAG